UUAUCAUUUCGUGCCAUAGAACUGAAACUAUAACAUGGAACUUUUCUGUCAGUGCCAGCCCUAGGCAUCGACAGUUCAUCUUUAGUUGCGCAGGCUCAAUAGAGGAUCUGGAACCUGCAUGCCAAACUCUCGCGCCGCUUCGUAUCUGUCGAUAUCUUGCGAGACAAGUGGGAAUGGGAGAUUUUUUUUUUUUUUUUUUGCUGUGGCGCUGCAAUUGCUACAACUGCAAGAAGCUAAGCGCGCCUCUAUUGCAGCGUCCUUCUCAGCAGCAUUUCACCAGCCGGUCGCGAAGUUCAAACUCUGCGUGUUCGCACAGUAGAUCCGAGCGAGUCGCAAGUCCCUCGGCAUGAUCGUCUGCGAGAGAACGCCGACCGCUUCUGCGCUAUGCGCUUUCGCGUUCUUACUGCUCGCGCUUUUGUGGGCGACGAUGUGCUGCGGAGCCGUGGUCCUGGGUCCGGACUACGUGCUCUUCGCCCGUCGCAUGGAAGAACCCGCGGUGACCGACGCCAUCUGCGUGCUCACCCCGUACCAAGGAAGCAACGUCACCGGCGUGCUCAACUUUCAGCAGAAGGAAUCCGACGAAUUCGUGACCAUAACAGGCGACGUCACUGGACUAUCCCCGGGCCUUCACGGGUUCCACAUACAUCUGCGAGGCGAUCUGACUCAUGGUUGCCUGAGCACUGGCCCCCAUUUUGACGUGGGGCGGGGCAGCUGGCACGGAGCUCGUGUUGACGUCGUCCGACACGUUGGAGACCUCGGAAAUGUCGAGGCGGAUUUCCGAGGCGAGGUUUUUUUCACCAUCAAGGACCGGCUGCUGUCACUCAACGGACCAAACUCCAUUGUAGGCCGGUCCGCAAUCAUUCACGCGUUGGAAGACGACCUUGGACGAGGCGACUCGCCGGAUAGCCGCCUGACCGGCCGCUCUGGAAGCAUAGUCGCCUGCGGCGUCAUCGGCGUCACCCACCCGCGAAGCCAAUAGAGAGCUUUAGUUUAGGGGACACCAAGCGGCUUGCGUACGCAAGAACUUGGGGCCACGGUACUGCGCAUGC